AUGUGGAGAUCGGAGGCCCACUUCGACUUGAUUGCUCUCAGCCAUGAUUAUUACAUAGCGAAAUUUGAAUCGCUCAGAGACUAUGAAUAUGCGAAAUAUGAGGGACCAUGGAUGAUUAUGGACCACUAUGUGGUAGUUCAGGAAUGGCAACCUAACUUCAGUCCACGGAAGAAUAAGACCAGAAAAGUUCUGGUGUGGGUGCGAUUUCCAGACAUACCUAUUGAGUACUUCGAUGAUGAAUUCCUCAAGAAAAUUGGAAAAACAGUGGGACGACCGGUUAAAAUUGAUAGUGCUACGAGCCUUGCAUCUAAGGGGAAGUUCGCAAGGAUUUGUCUAGAGAUCGAUAUAUCCAAGCCUUUAGAAUCGAAAUUUGUCCUAAACUUUGAGGAAUGGCCUAUAGAAUAUGAAGGAAUACACUCAAUAUGCUUUUCUUGUGGACGGUAUGGCCAUCGAACGGAGCAGUGCAGCCCGGAGAUACAGGCAGAAAAUGAACCGGGUGAAGGAAAUGCUUUACCUGAGAAAAGGCAAAUCAACAACCAAGUACCAAAAGAGAAAUAUGGUACUUGGAUGUUAGUUACCCGAAAAGCGAGAAGAUACCCAAAAAGGGACAACACAUCAGGAGCAGGAGUACAAAGGGGAAGAUAUCAGUCUUCGCCCAAGCCUAACCAAGCUGCAGAUAAUAGUAUAGGAGUGCAAUCUAGUUUUGCCUCUUUGGAUGGACUGGAGGAUACUGGAAUGGAGCAUGAUCAAAGAGAGCAAGGAAGGAGCCCGACAGCACAACAGACUGGACCUACACUGCCCAGAAUUAGAACCAGACGAAACAAGACACCAGACCAAAAUGAACAGAGAGGGGUGGCGAAUGAGAUGCCAAACAAUGGGACACAAAGGGACAUACCAAGGCAACCUGUAGCAGCCACUCGUGGAGGAUUCAGAGGCCAAUCGAGCCAAAGACCGAUGCCUAACCGAGCCGCUGCUGAGGACAGCCACACAGUAGUAAGAGGAUCAAACAAAGGAAAGAACAUAACUACUACCCAGGUCCACCAUACUGAGGACCACCCAGAAUCUUCAUACAUGGCUGGACUAGAGAAGGCAUACAUGGAUGAUCCACCAGAUACUGCCCACACCAACCGAAAUGUUGAUCUUGACGAACCACCGGAUGUGGCCUUGCAGGAGCAAGAGGAUUUUAUGAAUCAGGAUGGUGAUGUGGGUGCAGCUUCUAGUUCUUUUAAGCGCACCCUUCGUCAGUUUUGUAGGGAUUCUAAUCCCUCGUUGAUAUGUCUACUCGAGCCUAAGGUUUCAGGCAAUCAAGCCAAUAAGCUAUGCAAUAGCUUUGGCUUUGAUGAGUGGAUUAGGGUAGAAGCAGUGGGCUUUUCGGGAGGCAUUUGGAUCCUCUGGAAAAACUAUAUCAGCAUUGAAAUAAUUAGGACUAAUCCUCAAUAUAUUUCUGUUCAGGUGAACGAUUGCGAGAUGGGUCCUUGGGUGUUGUCCUUAGUAUAUGGAAGCCCUUGCCAAAGUCUUAAAAGGAAGAUGUUUGCUGAGCUUUCGCAUCAGAAUCUUGAUCCACAACCUUCCUGGUUAGCUGUUGGAGAUUUUAACGCAGUGACAGGACAUGAGGAAGUGAGCAAUCCAGCAAGCUUUUCAUCUACCAGAUGCAGCGAUUUUAAUGAUUGGAUAUUUAGGCAAGGCUUAAUCGAUUUAGGAUAUGAAGGAUCGAAGUACACUUGGAAGAGGGGGACCAAUACAGAAACGUUCAAAGGAGCUCGGCUUGAUAGAGCUCUAGGAAAUUUGGACUGGAAAAUUAAAUUCCCGGACGCAGCAGUAGUUCAUUUACCAAUGCUUUGCUCAGAUCACUGCCCGUUGCUUGUCAAUACCAGGAAAACCCGGACAAUACCCGCAAGCAGAAGUUUUAGAUUUAAUAUGGCAUGGACUACUCAUGCUACCUUUCAUGCUUUGGUAUAUGGAACUUGGAGCACCAAUGAUGAGUUGAAGCCAAAUUUGAAGAGGAUGGCAGAAGCACUCAAAGAUUGGAAUAUUAGCACAUUCGGCAACAUUUUUCAUAGGAAAAAGAGACUGCUAGCAAGGCUAAACGGGAUUCAGCAAUGCAUGACAGUCCAACCAAGAAGAGAUCUCCUAAAAUUAGAAACAAAAUUAAGGCAUGAAUUUGAAGAAACUCUUUACCAAGAAGAGUUGCUAUGGUUCCAACGCUCUAAAGAAGAAUGGAUUGUGUCAGGAGACCGCAAUACAAGAUUCUAUCACGCGGCAACAUCAGCAAAAAACAAACACGAUAGGAUUAAAGUUCUGAAGGAUGAAAACGGGCACAUACUUACUGAUGAAAGUGAAAUAAGAGAACACGUUCAAAGAUACUUCAUGGCCUUAUUCUCAAAGGAACCAAAUGCCUGCUCACAGCCACUAUUGCAAGGGGCUUUCCCGAGACUAUCUACCACUGAUUGGGCAGAGAUUAACAAACCUUUUGGCGCCAACGAAGUUAAGGAAGCAUUAUUUGAAAUGGCCCCAUGCAAAUCACCAGGGCCAGAUGGGUAUACAGCAUGA